AUGUCCGUCCCCGCCACAGACCCCGCCGUGUAUGCGGAAUACGAAUCCAAAUGGUCCAGCCUUCCCGACACAGAAGAAGCAUGGCUCGCUAGAGCGCGAGAAGUUUCCGAAGUCCUAGCCAAAGACGCCGCCCAGCGCGACCAGGAAAACAAAUCCCCUCGCGCUGAAGUGGCUUUGCUCAAAUAUGCCGGUUUGACCAAGCUUCUCGGCCCUAAGAAGUAUGGCGGCGGAGAGCAACCAUGGAGUGUGGGAUACAAGGCAAUCCGAGAGGUUGCGAAAGCGGAUGGGUCGAUUGGCAUGCUGCUGGGCUACCACCUCCUCUGGUCAACCACAGCAAACGUCGUCGGGACACCGGAGCAAGCCGACCGUACAAGCCAGUGGAUUAUUUCAAACAACUACUUUGUCGGCGGUGCCGUGAACCCCCGUGACAGCGAUCUCAAAAUCGUCUCUGAUGGCGACGAUAUUAUAUUCACCGGAAACAAAUUCUUCAACACUGGCGGCGUGGUGUCUGACCUGACAGUCCUGGAGGGUGUCUUGGAUGGAACUCAAGAUCACAUUUUCGCUCUUGUCGAGACCCGUCAGCCUGGCAUCCAGUUUGCUCACAACUGGCACAACAUCGGUCUGCGUCUCACCGAGUCUGGAGGCGUGAAGAUCGACAAUGUGCGCGCACCUUGGGCCAAUGCCCUUGGCUGGGAUCCCGCCAGCAAGCAGCCCCGGGAGGACACCCUGAAGAUCGCGUUCCCGACUUUACUUCUACCCACUAUACAGCUUGUCUUCAGUAACUUCUACCUGGGCAUCGCCUUGGGUUCAUUGGAGUUCGCCUCCAAGUAUACCACGACUGCGACACGGGCUUGGCCCUUCGGAGGCGAUAACAAGGAGUCAGCAACUGAUGAAUUCUACAUUCUGGAGCGAUACGGCAACUUCUUUGCUCAUCUGCGGGCUACUGAAGCACUCGCCGAUCGUGCGGGUGAGCAAUUGUCCAGCCUGUAUGCCCGCUAUCAGAACGACAAGGCCGCCCUUACACCCCGAACGCGUGGGGAGGUCGCCGAGUGGGUGGCGAGUGUCAAGAUUGUCAGCACCGACGUGGGUCUCCGAGUCACUUCGGGUGUAUUCGAGGUGACUGGUGCUCGUGCCACUGCCUCCAAGGUGGGCUUGGAUCGAUUCUGGCGGGACAUUCGGGUUCAUACCCUGCAUGACCCGGUGGCUUAUAAGAACCGAGAAGUGGGACGAUAUGCACUUUUGAAUGAAGUCCCCGAGCCCAGUUGGUACACAUGA